GGGAAAGCUGAGUGCAGUCGGACGUGCACAGUGGACUUUAAGGAAGCUGGUUUCAAAAAGCUUGAGGAGCUACUGGGAGAGAUCUCAUGGUCAGAAACACCCAAAAAGAUGGGGGUCAAAGAUGGAUGAGAGUUUCUUGAAGGUGGACUAUUGAAGGCGCAAAUGCGGACAAUACCAACAAGAAAGAAAAGCGGGAGGCAUCUAAGGAAACCGGUAUGGCUUGCAGAUGAGCUGAGAUUUAAGAAUGGCAAGUAUAAGAAAUGGAAGAAAGGGGAAAUCACAAAGGAGGAGUAGACACGAGUAGCCAACAGUCGCAGGGAGAAGGUCAGGAGGGCUAAAGCUUAGAAUGAGCUCAGGCUUGCAAGAGAGGUUAGCAAUACAGUGGUACCUCAGGUUACAGACGCUUCAGGUUACAGAUGCUUCAGGUUAGACUCUGCUAACCCAGAAAUAAUAGCUCGGGUUAAAAACUUUGCUUCAGGAUGAGAACAGAAAUCGUGCUCUCGCGGUCUGCAGCAGGAGGCCCCAUUAGCUAAAGCGGUGCUUCUGGUUAAGAACAGUUUCAGGUUAAGAAUGAACCUCCGGAACGAAUUAAGUACUUAACCCGAGGUACCACUGUAAUAACAACAGGUUUCUUUGGCCAUGUUCGAAGCAAGAGGAAGAACAAAGCAGUAGGUCUUGUGCGUGGAGAAGAUGGAGAAGUGCUACUGAGGGACAGAGAACACCUACUUUGUCUUCACCCAAAAGCAGUGCUCAGCCUGGUGAUAACAGAAUAAAUGAUGCAAGGAGGGAGCUGCAGCCCAAGGUAAGGAAAAAUGGUGGGGGGAUGGGGGAGACACCUGGCUACUUUAAAUGAAUUUAGAUCUCCAGGGUCUGACCAGCUGCAUCCAGGCUAAAAGAUACUUCUCAGAGCUUCUGUCUCUAAUCUUUGAGAAUUAUUGGAGAAUAGGUGAGGUGCCUGCAGACUGAAGGCGGUCAAAUGUUAUCUUCAAAAGGGGGGGGGGAGAAGACCCAGGUUACUGCUGACCAGUCAACUUGACGCUGAUGCCAGGAAAAAUCCUAAAACAGAUAAUUAAACAGAGGUUGGAAGGCCAUCUGUCAGGGUUGCUUUCCUUGAGAUUCCUGCAUUGCAAGGGGUUGGACUACAAUUUUAUGAUUUUAUGCUACUGAGCUUGAGGUUCCCCACUCAAUGGCUUUCUCUCAUUUUCUCUUUCUUCUAGGAUUCAACGCAGCAUGUUCUGGGAAUGAACGGCCUCACUUCUCAUCUGCUGAAGCACAUUUCCUCUCAUCUAAACUCUCUUAGCAGAAACACUUUCAAUCUCAGUUUCUGCUUGGCACACCUGAUCACAACGGACACGGUGUCUGCCUACUUCUGAGCAUUUUAUGGUUACUGAGAUGUUCUCACCAAUGCAUACUCUCUUAACAGGAUCUGCGAUGCAGCUGUUCCCCGAUUCGCUUUUCCCAGCAAGGCAUCUGAUGGUCAGAUCAAACUGUUCAAAGGAGCUGGCAAGUGGUUAGGCUUCCAAAGAUGGAAAGUGCUAUUCUGGACCACAGACACUAGUUACACACAGGCUGUGCUAUGGGACACCCAGGAAAUAAUUCUCAGGUGUUUUGUUUCAUUGGAGCCACACUGCUGCGCCAGACCCUCUUUUUCUAUAAGCCCUGGAAGGCAGCCCUCCUUCUGCACGCAGAGAAGUCAAGUUCUGUGGCCUGCGGCAGUAACAGAAAGUGCAAACUGCAACACAAAGCUGCAGUGAACCCUCACCUUCUCCUUUUUGCCCUUUGUUUCAUUACCGACUCCAUGGUUUGGGUUUUGUUUCCCAGCGGCUCAGUGUUUGCACCACCAGCGGCCGGCACUCGCUUUCUUUUUUUAAAAAAUGUAAUAUUUAUUACUUUUCCAACAAUUUAAACACUACAAAAACAAUACAAUACAAUACAAAAACACUACAUAACACUAACACAUUAAACUAACAAAACAAAACAAAAAGUUAAACACAUCAAACAAUUUCAAUAUCUUAUCUUUCAUUCACUUAUUUCCACGACCUCCUCGCACCUCCCUUUUUGUAUUCCACUUCUGUUAAUUGUUUCAGCAAUUCCUUUCCAUCUUCCUCUGUUUUCUAUCCUAUAAUUAUCUUAACACAUUCUAACCUUAUUUUUCCCUUUAAUUCUCUAUUAAUCUAUUUAUACUUAAUUCCUUAUAACAUUUCUACUAAAGCCAUAUAACUUCAUUCCAACAUUUUUCUAACAUUCAUUAAUUUUACAGUAUUUCUGUAAAUAGUCUUUAAACUUUUUCCAGCCUUCUUCCACCGACUCUUCUCCCUGGUCUCGGAUUCUGCCAGUCAUUUCCGCCAGUUCCAUAUAGUCCACGGCACUCGCUUUCUGAGUUGGCUAUUAGAGGGACUGACAUCCAGAUUUAGAUAUUAGGUUUUCAUUGCAUAACUUGUCACGCAGGAGAACUAUGUGGGGCAUUCAGGUCACCCGGUCAAUGAACACCGUGUUGCUAAGCCCUCUGCCUUGGCUCCCAAUUUUUCUUCUGCAAGCAAAGCUCAGAGAUUUACAAGCCUAUCUGGGCAUCCUUAUGGACCAGGAACUUGCUUCUAAAGAACAAGCAGAAGCCGAUAUGCUUAGGCUGCUAAAAUAGCCAAACACCCUUUGUCUGCAUAUGAUAAGUGGCCGAACACACAGCUCAUGCUGUCAGGCCACCCACUGCCCUAGAAAGUGUUGCUUUUUCAGCAUGACUAAGAAUAAUACAGUGGUACCUCGGGUUACAGACGCUUCAGGUUACAGACUCCGCUAACCCAGAAAUAGUACCUUGGGUUAAGAACUUUGCUUCAGGAUGAGAACAGAAAUCGUGCUCCAGCAGCGUGGCAGCAGCAGGAGGCCCCAUUAGCUAAAGUGGUGCUUCAGGUUAAGAACAGUUUCAGGUUAAGAACGAAUUAAGUACUUAACCCCAGGUAGUAAAGGUAAAGGGACCCCUGACCAUUAGGUCCAGUUGUGGCCGACUCUGGGGCUGCGGCGCUCAUCUCGCUUUAUUGGCCGCCCUACUCCCACCAUGAAUACAUAGGUGCCGGCUCCCUGGGGGCCGAAGCGCCCACAAAAUUCCCCAUGAAGGGGCCGGGCACCCACAAAUUGCGGCACCAGGGCCAUGCACGCUGCCUGGCACCCACUGCCCUGGUCACCCACAGUCGUGGGACCAAGCUGGCACUCCUGCAUGAGCAUGAACAGAAAGAGAAAAAAAUUUAAGAACAGACAUAUAAUGAUAUUUGUCAGCAGGGACUGAUAUGAUAGUUUUGAAUGGCUCAAAGCUUUCCAAGAAUCUGCAGUUCUGAGCAUAAAUUGACCUGGUUUCUCUUUCCUUUUCUUUGCCUCUGUCUGGUUUCUUGGAUCUAUAUUGGACUUAUCGGGUCCUUAGUUCUGAAGAACAGAAAGUGAUGCUUGAGGGGCACAAUUAGACAGCGAGGGGCAGAUCUCCCCCUUUUUCCACUAAGCAGAAAGUCGCCCUGUCCUUUUUUAGUGGCGGUUAAUAAUUGCUUUUCUGGAUCAAAUGCAGCAGUCUGAUUUCCAAAAAACCCUCAGCCAGAUAAGAAGCCAGCAAACGGGAUGUCGUGGCAACAUCACUUCCCUGUGGCUUGUCCCCAACACCUGGCGUUCAGAGGUAGACUGCCCUCUGGAUGCAGAGGUUCCAUUCUCGGAUGUCUUUGUUAAUAGCUGCUCAUUGAUCCAAAGCCCAUGGAAGCAUCUGCGGUCCAUUGAGAACAACAGAAAACGGGCCCUGUUGGUGGAAACAAGGGCUCCAUCACACAACCUGUUUCUUGGGCCUUCAUCCCUCACAAAACUUACACACGGAAGUGAGACUAGGGAGCACUGAAUCCAAUUUGUUUGCAGGGAAUGAGCAUCAUCCCAUUAAAUAUCCAUUCAUAUUACACUUUUCCUUGCCACUUUCCUAACAGCAAGAAGCCCAAUUUCGUUCAUAACGCUGAUUUGUUGCACUAGGAAAAUGGAACAUGUAAAAAUCCAUGUUAAUCGCACCAACCUAAGUUGCUAAACCACUGAUCCUAGG